AUGGCCAACGUCUUCUUUGAUAUCGAAAUCGACGGCGCUCCCUCCGGCCGCAUUGUCUUCAAGCUCUUUGACGAUGUCGUCCCUAAGACCGCCCGCAAUUUCCGUGAACUCGCCACUGGCCAAAAUGGUUACGGAUACGCAGGUUCCAGCUUCCACCGUGUGAUCCCCCAAUUCAUGCUCCAGGGAGGAGAUUUCACCAAGGGCAACGGCACUGGUGGAAAAUCCAUUUACGGCGAGAAGUUUGCUGGUCAGUUUUUACACGCCAAAUUUUCAUUCAUCAAUUUCCUCAUGGAGACAAUUGUAGAUGAGAACUUCCAGCUCAAGCACACCAAACCUGGUCUCUUGUCCAUGGCCAACGCUGGCAAGAACACCAACGGCUCCCAAUUCUUCAUCACGACUGUCGUUACCUCCUGGUUGGAUGGUGCCCAUGUCGUUUUCGGCGAAGUCGUUGAGGGAUAUGAUGUUGUCAAGGCCAUUGAGAAGCUCGGAUCUUCAUCUGGAAAGACAUCGAAGAAGGUCACCAUUGCCAAGUCAGGAACUGUCUAA